AGCAAUCCCUCCCCACCCCACCAUCUCGGGCACUGUCUCAGUGCAGCUUCUUGUUGUUGUAGUGGCUGACCGCUCCCCCAACACGAUGCCAUGUAUCGGCCGCUCCUGUGCCGCGGUGCCAUGCUGCUAGCCCCCCGCCUGUGCCGACCGGCCAGUCCUGUGCCGAGGGAGCUGACCCGGGACAGUGACGGCAGGCAGUGGGCCAUGAGUGUGGACAGGCUGAAAGCGGAUGGAUGGGAUUUUGAGCAGAUCUUUCCCCAGCUGGUGGAGGUCCUCACACGUGAGGAACUGCAGCACCCACUGAUCGGAGAUGCAAUCAAGCGCUUCAGAGAGGUGAUUGAGUACAACGUUCCUGGUGGGAAGAGGAAUCGGGGUCUGUCUGUGGUGACCUCUUUCCGGGAGCUUGCCAGCCCAAAGCUGCAGACCCAGGAGAACUUCAGGAGAGCGCUGAUAGUUGGCUGGUGUGUGGAGCUGCUCCAAGCAUUUUUCCUGGUCGCAGAUGACAUCAUGGAUCAGUCUAUCACCAGGAGAGGCCAUGUCUGUUGGUAUCGAAAGGAGGGCAUAGGGCUGGAUGCGAUUAAUGACUCAUUCCUCCUUGAAGCUGCGCUGUACCAGCUCCUUCGCAAGUACACGAAAGGCCAGCCCUAUUACGUGAACCUACUGGAGCUGUUCCUGCAG